UAAGGGGAGUGCCGCUUCCUCUGAUCCAAAGGACAGCUUUGGCAGGGUCUCUGCCUGAAAGGCCCGGAGAGGGAAAAGAGGGCGAGAGAGCAUGGGGGUGAAAAGUACAAGCAGGUGGUCUGGUAUUCCUCCUUCACGGCAGGUCACUGCCUGAUCCUGUUGUUACAAUUCUGGCCUGUCGCAGAGGAACAUUUCUCUGGCCUGUUCAGCAAAUGUGAAGCUCCUUCUGGCUAAGGGCUCAGCGUCCGCACUUCCUGCCGGGGCCCUGGCUGAUCCGGCACUGGGCAUGGAGAGAGGGGAGCAAUACCGCAAUCCCACCGAGGUGCAGAUGAGCCAGCUGGUGCUGCCAUGCCACACAAACCACCGCGGCGAGCUGAGCAUCGGCCAGCUGCUGAAGUGGAUUGACACCACAGCCUGCCUCUCUGCCGAGAGACAUGCUGGCUGCCCCUGCGUCACGGCUUCUGUGGAUGAUAUCUAUUUUGAGCACACGAUUAGACAGAUUCAGAUAAUGCCUCCCUGGCAGCAGCAGCAUGGAAAGAACAAUGUCUGUGUUGGGCAAGUUGUUAACAUCAAAGCCAAAGUAAACCGAGCCUUUAACUCUAGCAUGGAGGUUGGCAUACAGGUCAGCUAUGAAGAUCUGUGCAGCGGGAAGCAGUGGAAUGUGUGUAAGGCCUAUGCUACUUUUGUUGCACAAGGCAAAGCAACUAGCAAGAUGAAGUUAAAGCCGCUGGCUCCUCAGACCGAGGAGGAGAAGAUGGAACACAGCAUUGCUGCUGAGCGCCGCCGAAUGCGCCUGGCCCACACCGACACCCUCAAGGAUCUCCUCACCAACAGCACCAUGCAGACUGAGCGUGAGAACGGAGACUGCAACACCGUGGUGCCUGCUGAAAAGACCAGGGUGGAGAGCGUGGAACUGGUGCUGCCCCCUCAUGCCAAUCAUCAGGGGAACACGUUCGGAGGCCAGAUCAUGGCAUGGAUGGAAAACGUGGCCACGAUAGCAGCAAGCCGGCUGUGCCAUGCCCACCCCACUCUGAAGACCAUUGAAAUGUUCCAUUUCAGGGGACCAUCACAAGUUGGGGACCGCCUCUUGUUAAAAGCUAUUGUUAAUAAUGCAUUCAAAAACAGCAUGGAGGUUGGCGUUUGUGUCGAGGCCUAUCGACAGGAAAUGGAAGUUAGUCGAAGACACAUCAACAGUGCCUUUAUGACAUUUGUUGUCUUGGAUCAAGAGGGUCAGCCCAGUACCAUUCCGAUGGUGAAACCAGAAGCUGGGGAUGGAGAGAGACGGUACAGAGAAGCCAGUGCUAGAAAAAAAAUUAGAUUGGACAGAAAAUACAUCAUUUCCUGUGAACAGACAAAAGUGCCAUUGUCGGUGCCCUGGGACCAAAGUAACAAGGUUUAUCUGAGCUACAACAAUGUUUCUGCACUGAAGACUCUUGUAGCGAAAACCAAUUGGGUACUCGCCACAGAAAUAGACAAGGUCAGGAUGUACACGCUGGAGGAAGACAAGUACCUCUCCUUCCGAAUAGAGAUGAGCCUCUGCAUUGAUGCCACACAGGCCUUCUUCCUUCUGUCAGACUUAAGACAGAGGCACGAAUGGGAUAGACAUUAUGCGAGCGCUGAGCUCGUCCAGCAAGUUGAUGAAGACGACAUGAUCUACCAUGUGCUUAGUCAGACGGUUAGUCAAGAAAACAAGCCUCAGGACUUUGUCAUCCUGGCAUCAAGAAGAAGACCUUGUGAUGAAGGUGACCCAUAUGUCGUUGCGUUCAGGUCAGUCACGCUGCCCACCCGUCCACCAAACCCCGAGUACACCCGAGGGGAGUCGAUGUGUUCCGGCUUCUGUAUUUGGCAGGAGACAGCUGAGCUAACCAAGGUGUCCUAUUACAACCAGGCAGCUCCAGGAUACCUAGCUUACGUCACGACUAACAUUGCAGGACUGUCCUCGGACUUCUAUGUUACCUUCAAAGCCUGUGAGAGAUUCCUGCAGAAGAACAAAGAUGAGAUCACAGUCGGACUUCAGAAUCUGUAACUGUUGGCCCUUUUUGCAUAGUGCUGUGUGAAUAUCUUGUACAUAUUGAAGCGAUUGGUCUGUGUAGCACAUGGAGAGUAAUUACUUAGAUAAUGUUAGUGGCAUUGCUAGGAGCACAAUGACUUGAAAUCCAUCCAUUGUAGCGUGACUAGAAUCAGCUCUUCUCUCUAGUGUGCUUGAUGAUGAUGAGAAAUGUAAUGGCUGGAGCCAAUCUGCCUAAUCAGGGAGAGGGCUUAUUAGGGCCAAACUCUGUCGCAACUGUAGGGGCUUCUAUUAUGGUUUAUCUGAGGGCAAAAUUUGGCCUGGGGUGGGAUGGGGAGAGAGGUCUAGGUGGUCCCUACAUGGCCAGUGUUUCAUUGCGAAGCCAGUCAGAUCACUCUAAGGUCUAGUGCUAGAGCAGCAUGCAAUCUGCUAAAAAGCACUAGCCUUAUUUUAUUUUUAUUCAAUCUUGUAACCUCAUGUUCAGGAAUUGACUUUCUGACAGCAUCACCCGCGCUUGAACCUUUGUACAAGAGUAACGGUUACUAAAUGGAUUAUUUUUUUUUCACCAGUUCUUGUAAUUCAAUGGAAGAAUUGUCCAUCUUUAAUCCACUGAAGUAAAUCAGGACAGGAUUUGGGGGGGGAGAAGGCCAGCCUUGUCUCCUGUAACACGGUACUGUUGUGUUUGACACACUAGGCAUUAUGAUGCAGGAUACCUCAUUGAUGUGCUGCAAUUUCAUGUUCUGUCUUUCACACACCAUACAAAGAAUGGGAGUGGUAAUAAAGAAGCCCGUUCACCUUAUGACCUCA